UCAUUUAGUACCAGUGCCUCUCGUCCGGUAAUGGCGUCCGUUCGGAGGCGGCAAUUCUGACAGUUUGUGUAUCGUUAACCAACGGCUUGUAACCACGGUAUCAGGGUUGUGCCGCACCUGAAAAUGAUAAACUAGUAUCACAUCCUAUAAUGUCCUCCAAGUGUGAAUGCUGUGGCUUGUUAUGUGCGGUUCUCCGAAUCGGAUGUUUCAGGUGUUGCCAAAAACUCAGGGGCAAAAAACCUGACGCUCCGAGACCAGAAUACUCUGUCCUAAUGAUUGGACUUAGUGGAGCUGGUAAAUCUGUUAUGUUAGCUAAACUUGACUCUGAACCUACUGAUGAUAUAAAGCCAACCCAAGGGUUUUCUGUGAAGCCUGUGCAGCUCCCAACUGCGAUUCUAAAUGUCAAGGAACUAGGGGGUGGUGAUAAUGUAAGAAAAUAUUGGCAACACUACUUUGAGGGUGCACAAGGUGUGAUAUUUGUUGUGGAUAGCACAAGUUCUGAGGAAGAUCUAGAGCUUGCUGCUAGUGAGUUACAAACUGCUCUAUGUCACCCUGCACUCGACGGUCUACCUCUACUAGUACUAGCCAACCAGGAAGACAAAGAUGGAGCUAGAGACACUGAAGAGAUCACCAGAAUUCUCAGCCUGAAUGUCACAGCAAGGGGGCGUUACAGGACAGUAGAGGCAACCUCCUGUGACAACAUAAACAAAACAAGGGAUAUCUUGACCAGCUUUGUAAGCCGCAUUGCUGGCACAGAUGGAGAGGCUGGCGAUGAUAAUAGAUUAUAGAGACAGUGAUAGGAAGUGGCAGGUUUGAACUUACUGACAUAGAUUACAGGUCCCCUCAGGACCUAGAGCAUGAUAGCACUGUGAAAAUAAGGCACAAGAAAAAAAAAACAGGGUAAGGGGUGCAAGAAGAAAGCCUUCCAUCACUUCUCUUCUCCUCCUCUCCUAGUGCCACGUUUCUACAGAGCACUUAUCACCAAAGAUGAAUGCCAAGUGGCAUUGGGUAUAGAUUUUUGUAAGAGAAAGAGCAUAAUAUAUAUUGUACAUUUUAAUAUACUGUGUAUCCACAUACAAUAAUUAUGCAGUAUUGUACAUUGUCUUUCUUCUCAAGGGUUUAAUAAACUGAUAGCUCAGUUUGCCUCAUUA